AUUCCUGUGUUGGAAAUUCGAAUUACGGGCCUUUGAUUGCUGCGCUCGGUGCUGCGACUCGGUCUGGCUUUCUUUUUUUUUUUUCCCUUUACGGAUACCAAUUUACGGAUUGAGGAUUGAGGAUUGGGACGGAGAUCGCUAUGACUGCUUCGGAAUUGGCUGUUUCGAAGAAGGAGGUGGAGGUGAAGGAGGUGAAGGAGAAGAAGGAGAAGAGGGAAAAGGAGAAGAAGGAGAAGAAGGAGAAGAAAGAAAAGAAGGACAAGAAAUCCAAGAAGGCCAGCACGGACGAGCGCGACGACGCCGUGAGCGAGAAAGCAGACACCAAGAAGCAAUCGAAAAAACGACGUCUGGAAGACGAUGACGACGACGAGACGAAUGCUGCGACCAAGGGCAAAUCUGCCGCGGAUGAGGAGCGGAAACAGAAGAAAAAGAAGAAGAGGGUCUCGUUCUCGGCGGACGUGAAGUUGGAGGAUGGCAGCGGAGAUUCGGAGGCGGAGGGUAUGGAGGUCGAUGGACAGGAGCAACAACAACAAGAGGGACAACAGCAGCAAUCAGAGGCAAACGGCGCUGCAGAGGAGAUGGAUUAUGAAGGAGAUGGGGAGGAGAAGAGGAAAAAGAAGAAGGAAAAGAAGAAGAAGAAGAAGAACAAGGACAGCAAGUCCUCCGCUACGGCUGCCGACGGCGGCGCGCCGAAGGUCCACGAGACGCCCAUCCUCUCCUACCUCAGUCUUUAUCACAACCACCGGUCGGCGUGGAAGUUUCAGAAGAACCGCGAGACGCAUCUGUUCAAGCAUGUGCUGUCGUUGGAGCAGGUCCCCGCGCAGUAUAAUGCUGCGCUCUUGGCGUAUCUGCAGGGGUUGAAGAGUGAGGGCGCUAAGUUGCGGUUGAAGGAGAUCGCGGAGGAGGUUGUCAAGGCGGAUGUGGAGGUGGAGGAGCAGGAGGAAGAAGAAAAGAAGAAGACGAAGACGACGCAAGCUGAGGAGGAUAAGACAGAAGGAGCAGAGGAGAGUGUCGAUGUGGCUCCUGAGCCCAGUUAUAAGAAGGCCGUCGCCUCCUUCCGGACGCUUCUGUCGGAGGGCAAAGAGAACCUCGAAGGCCUGGAAGGCACCGAGGGCCUUGACACUACGCAACUACAGAGGCUGCAGAAGAGACAGCGCGCUGAGCUCGUCCUCUGGGCUGUCACCGGUGCCCUGUUCAACCUCGAGAAGCCCAAGCUUCCCCCACGGAUGGCGAAGAAGAACCAAACGCCAGCCAAAAAGAAGAAGAAGAACAGAACCGCUAUCAUCGAGAUCUCCAGCAGCAGCGAGAGCGACAGCGAUAGCGACAGCGAUGAUAAGAAAAAGGCCAAGAAGCCAGCCAAGAAAGAUUCAUCCUCGGACGAGAGCAGCAGCAGUGAUAGCGACAGUGAUUAGUUGCUUGAUGCUACAUGUUCUUAUUCAACCUGAAUUAUACAGACUGGUCUCUGUGCUCUGCUGCUUCAUGCGCAUGACAACUCAAUUCCGUCCACAUAUGGUGGCUAUCAUAGCUCUAUAAUUUUGAGCUCAAAAGUUCUUGAUACCUGGUUCAAGCAUCUACGGUGUUGUAUUUGUUCUUUCGUGGUGUUUGUUAGCUGUAUAGACUUUCCGUAUAUACCUAGAAG